AUGAUCAUCGGCGAGGAUGAGGGCGAGCUAGUGGAAGACGUUAAUUUACAGGAGCAGCAACUGCAAACGCCUACAUCCACAACUGGUGACCUGCUGAUGGGUCUCAGCGAUAUGGACAUUCCGCUGGUGGACGGAGAUGAGGAGGAUGAAGAGGAGGACAAUUGCCCGUUGCUUGAAGCAGAACAGCUGACCAGUCUUCAGAGCAACACUACACUGACCACCAGCAGUACGACGGCCGGCGAUGUGACGCUUCUGAUCACCGUCGACGAUGACGGAGAAAGAGGGCCUAACAGAAGUAACAAGCCAGGCCGGGCAAAUCAACCAGGGAAUGGACUGAGUUGUGGAACAAAUUCUAGUAACAAUAUAAACAACCCCAACAACCGCAGUGGCCUUCUUCACAACGGAAACAACCUCGAGAAGGUGGUGAUUGUGGAGGGCUUGGAUUCAGUGACGACCAGUGCCAAUACCACCGCUACCACUUCUUCGAACGACGUCCGUUUGCAAUCAUCAUCAACUUCAUCAUCAUCAACUCAACAAACACAACAACAACAGCAGCCUUCGAGCACUAAAGUCAACAACAGUAGUGGCAGCAACAACUCUAGCAGUAGUCCAUCAGCCACAAUCAAAGUGUAG